AUGUUUGUUUCUGCGUGGCAAGAAGACGAAGAAGGUAUACAGGAGGGUAGUCUUGGUGAUACAACUGAAAAGUUUUUGAAGGAAGCCGAGAAUGGUAACGUGGACGCUCUGAAGAACAUGCUGCAAAAUAAUCCUGAGCUUUUGUCAUGUUGUGACGAUGACGGCUACACGGCCUUACACCGAGCCGCAUACAACAAUCAUUUGGAAGCUGUUACGUUCUUAUUAGAAUGUGGCGCUGAUGCGGAAGCGAGAGUGAACGAGGUAUUAAUGGAUUUUGGAGAAUGUAAUGAGUUGAUUGAAAACACAUGUAUAGACAUAGGUAUACCAAGCGGUUCCGGCGAUACCCCAGCCGAACUCGCUCGACGAACAUCUGCCAUGCUUCACAUGCUUAUUACUGACCAUUUAAACCGGUGA